GCCUUCGAAGAAUGUUGUACCUAUGAACCCUGGUGAUUUUAUUUUAUUGACAUAAAUGAUUUGACAUUUUAUAUCAUUUAAGCAGCGCCUUGUCCAAUCGGUACCACACCAAAUGGAGCUUGCCCUAGACUCAAUUUUUGUUGGACGCCUUCAGAAACCUGUAUUUAUGGUGCUUGUUGUGAGUAACUUAUAUAAAUACCGUAAAUGCUCUAAUAUAAGCCCUGGGCUUAUAUUUUUCAAAGGGCACUUUGUGUGGGCUUCUAUUAGAGAUUAGGCUAAUAUUUUUCGAUGGGCCUCCUCGGUUGGGCUUAUAUUAGAGCCGGGCUUAUACAUAUUAGAGCAUUUACGGUCAAUAUAAAUUUUAAAAAAUCCUAAGAACCCCAAAAAAUAUUUUUAAACUCCACAAGGCAGAACUAACCCUGAUAUGCUACAAAUGAUUGCUGGUCAACAAGGGAUGGGUGGCAUGGGAGGGAUGGGUGGUUUUGGUGGAAUGGGUGUUCCAGGAGGGAUGGGAGGCAUUGGAGGAAUGGGAGGAUUUGGCGGAAUGGGUGUCCCUGGAGGGAUGGGAAUGGGAGGAUUUGGUGGAAUAAACGGCAUUGGAGGAAUGGGAGGGCUUGGAGGCGUUGGAGGACUUAAUGGUAUUGGUGGAAUGGGCGGUAUUGGAGGCGGAAUUGGCUCUCCAUUCGGUUGUACAGAUUUUGACCCGUCUUGCCGUUAUUUUGUCCGAUACUGCUUUCUCGAAUCGAUUUCUGAGGCGUGCAUGACAAGUUGUGGAAUUUGUGGUAUGUAUGGGGGAAACAUGCUUGGUGCAAAUGGACUUGGAGGUGUUAUGGGAAAUUAUGGAGGAUUCGGAAAUGGAGUUAUGGGGAGGAGAAAAUAA